AUGCAGUUUAAAGUGUCGUUGAUCGUCAUCUUCGGGAUUCUAAGCGUGGCUCUAUCGCAGAAUCCCAAGGAAGAAGAGUGUGAAGUUCUGGCUGUGGGUCUUCCAGUGCUCACAGUGUGCAAUGAUUGUUCAUCAAUGUACAUCUGUGGCGACUCAGUAUCUACUUAUCUUGUGACCUGCGCGGAAGGAACGUAUUGUUCGCAGGAGGCAGGACAAUUUGCACAAUGUGGUGAACUAUUACCAGAUGGAUGUGAAGCCCCUAUCCCACCGGAGCCAACCAACCCACCAGAGCCAACCAACCCACCGGAGCCAACCAACCCACCGGAGCCAACCAACCCACCGGAGCCAACCAACCCACCGGAGCCAACCAACCCACCUCAAUCUAUCCUCUGCACUGGCUUUGGCUUCUACCCGGAUCCAUCCGACUGCACUGGGUACCACUUUUGUACCGAAUACGGGCAACCAUCGCAGUUCCAGUCUUGUCUGCCAGACAACAUCUUCGAUCCCGACUUUAUGUCGACUCCGUGCAAGACAAUCGUCGAUCAAUCAGUUGACUGUCUGAAGGUGAACUGUUCCGAAAGUUCGGUGUUCAAAAGCUACGGAACAAGCAGUCGGUACUACGCUUACUGCAGUAAGGAUAAAACCACGGAUGAAACGAUAGUGUCCAUGUUCAGGUGUGUUGAUGGAACGAGCUUCGAUGGGUCACGAUGCGCGUUCCAGUGCCCAGGCGAGGGAAAUUUUGCCAACGCACUCAGUGAUUCCAACUACUAUCAGUGCUACUACUCUGACGAAGUGCUUGUCAACCGAUUGCUGCCCUGUCCGGGAAGUAGGAAGUUUAACGCAACAUUGCAGAUUUGCCUAUAA